AAAGCUGAUAAUAAUGUUUUGGAUAACUGAUGACCUGCUUGAGUCAUACACAGUUGUAUGUGUAGACUUAAAUUAACUUUUAUCAUUCAUGUACAAUUUAAAUACCUUGAAAUCAAAAUCUGUACAGUUGGAUUGGACCUGUGAUAAUACUUGCAGGACUUCAAAUAGGCAUCUGGAAAAAACAUAGACCGACUGGUGAUGUGCUAUCGGCAUUUCAAAGAAUGGAUAAUCACAGGCGUUCAAAGAUAAAGAGGCACCAUAACGACGAACCAAGCAGCAGUCCUGCUGACAAGAAACAUUGUAAAAGACGAAGAAAAAGAAAGAGGGAAGAUGUAAAUGCUCUGUCAGACGCCAUUAGAACUUGUGUUCCAAGUUUGAUAGAGGAUGUUAUCUUUAAUGAGCUUGAAGAUAAGGCUAUAGAGAAUGGAUGCCUAACAGAUGUUGAAUGCAGAGCAGUAAGAGAUAUCGGUGACAGAAAGAAGCAAAUACGAAAAGUUGUUCUCCUUAUAAUCAAAAGAAGUUUCGAAACUACGAGUAACUUCUUAGAUACACUGUCGCCUGCUUACCCACAUAUCUCUGACAAUAUAUGGCAUAAGUAUGAACGAAACCUUGUGGAGCGCCCGAAACGUUUAAUUUCCCGAAGAUUAUGCCCUCUGUGUGCUUUGAAAGACAGUGUUGAUGUGGAAAAAGUCAUCGAUAAUUUAUAUAGUGAGCAAAUAAUUGACGAUCGGCUCUAUGGAAGGACAAAUUCAAGUCGGAAAGAAGUUGGACAACAAGAUAUUUUUUUGGAAGCUGUUCUUAAAGCAUGUGUAAAAAACAACGGUGUUGAACUUUUACUCGGAUCUCUGGAAUCAACGGGACAUUACACACACAUCACCAAACGCCUCCGAUAUGUUUUCAAAAACAACAGAAAUAUGAAACAACUGUGUACAUGCUCAAAAUAUAUUUUAGACAAACGACUCGCAAAACUUAGAACAUGGUCAUUGGACAGUGCCACAUCACACUCCCCACGGGAAACUUCGGAUUCUGUUAGUAGCACCGACUCUGACAUAAAGAGCGAACCAGAAAUAGACAAUUCGCAGCUAGUUAAUGACAUCCAAGUUACAGCAUACUCAGAAGAAAAUACCUUUUAUGACCAAAGUCAAGCAAUGAUAACAGAAAGUAUUGAAAUUUAUGACCCUCUUAUAAACUGUAUUAAUAGUGUGUGCGACCCGAUUCGGGAAAUGACACCAGAAGAAGAAUCAAGACAUGAGCCAUUUGUUCAACCAGAAAAUAGGCAAAGUCAAGUCACUGGAAAACAAUCGUCUGCAAGACACAGCAACACGAAUGAGACACCAUUAGCAGGUUCGUACCGACAGAGAAACCAGAUUCCCGACAGACGCCAAGAAACACGGAGAUCUGAUGGAAGGUUUAGAAGUGUUGUAUCAGCAGCAAUGGUGCAGUUGCGGGUACUGAGACAAUUUAUGAAGAAACAAAAUACAAAAGUGCCGCUAGAGAGAAACAGAUCCCUUGUGUCAGAGGAUAUGUGUGAAACAGUGCUGUAGAUCCAUAUUAAAUAUUAACUGGUGUUAAGCUGGUCUGCGGUUUGCAGUCCGUAGGUCGCAGUUCGAACUGCUAACCGCAAACUGGUUUUUUUUUGCGAUUUAAAUUGCAAACAGAUUUUGUAUUUUGCACUGAUUUUUUUUUUUCAACUGAGUUUGUGUUUUGCAAUUCAAUAUAUGGUAUAUCAAACCGUGAUUCGGUUUUUCAGAAAGAUGAUAUUGUUUGGAGCAUUUCAGGCUUCAAAAUGGAACAUCUCGGUCUCUAUUUUGAAUUACUUGCUGCAAAAUGGUUUCCACAAAGACAAUUAGGCUAUAUUCCUAUGUGUAUGAAUUACCCUGGUUGCAUAGCUUCAGAUAGUUUUAUCAGCUUAUUUAAUGAUUAAAACAAAUGAAACAAAGUAUCUGUCAAUAUUUCACAGUGAAGAUACUACAUGUUUGCUAGAAAUAAAAUGUCACAUUUAUGAACAGAUGUUGUAAUGCAUGACAUUGGUAAUUCAUUUUUCCUCUGACUUCGACAGCAUUUUACUUUUAGAAGGAUCCGAAUUUAUUGUCUGUUUUACAAACAAACGCAUUUUAUACAUAACUUUCAAUAAAAAAAAAUGUAUCCUUUUCCAAGACACUGUUUUAUUUCUCUUUCUUUUAUGUAAUCAGCAAUAUUUUAGAAUUCCAUGUAAUUUUACUCUAAUUCAAAAAACUACUAGAGGCCAUUUCUGAAAUUAUCUGUAGUAUGCUGUAACUUGGAUUAAAUUAUGAUUCUGUGUAGGUUGAGGGUCUAUUUUAUUGUUUAUUAACUGUGGUUAUUAACCCUUAUCCUGCUAAACUUAUAUAAUGAACUUGUCCACCUUUCAAUUUGGAGAGUACCAUUAACUGCUAAAAGGAGUUCUUACCAAAAAGAUAUUGACUAAAUGGCAAACAGUGCAGACCAUGAUCACCCUGCACCGAUGUGCAGGCUGAUCUUGGUCUGCACUGGUCGCAAAGGCAGAACCACUUGCCGCCAGCAGGCUAAGGGUUAAUCUGACAUGGUUGUAAACCCAUUGUAAAGGCAUUCUCUCUGCAGUGUAGUGAGAAUGUUUACUUGUUUCAGAUCACGCGAUAGGGCUAUUGAUACGG